AUGUCUUUAUGUCAACGACGACGAGGACCUUACGUAACUAAGGCAUGUACCAAUUGCCAACAAAAACAUAUAAAGUGCACAGGAAAAGCAACAUGUAAAAAUUGUUCGCUAAAUGGUCUCAAAUGUAUUUUUAAUAAUUCGAAUAAAAAACGCGGUCCACCAAAAGGAAAACGUGAACCAAAAAAAGACAAUAGACCCUUAGAACGGAACUAUGUUCUUGACGAUUCGGAAAUUAACUCGAAUGGAGUAUCUAUGCAAUCCUUCAUAUUCCCCAAUAUUAUGCAGGGUCACACAUUAACUUUUCAAGAUCAUAAUGGUAUUAUUUUCUAUUCUAAUCCUUAUAACGAACUUCAAGGCGUUCAUACUUUUCAAGAAAUCAUGCCCUUCGUUUAUCAAACACAUACUGAUACUGACUAUGUUAUGCAAA